GUGAGAUUAAAGGAUCGUCAUACAGUGCAUCCUGAGAACAGCGAACGCCCUCACAAUGGCAGUUCGUACUCUUGGCGUAGUGCUCUUAUUUUCAUUUGUCACAACCCUUCUAGGGCUGCCGGCUGCAGUACCAGACUCGGCUGUGAAUACACACGAAGAACACACAUUAUCAACUGACCUGCAGCCACCACCGUUAGAAGAACAUCAUGCUACAGUCUACAUAAUUAAUCUGUACGCCGUAAAAAAUGGUAGCGGCAACACGUCGGAGGAGGUGUUUCAACGUGACGUGAUCGAAGCAGUGCCUGACAUAGUGGAGCCAUUGGUCACUGUUCUCCUAGUGGUGGAAGAUAGUGAAGAAGAGAACGAAAAACCGGCCGACCUCGACGAAUUUGCGGAGGAAUUGGAAGGCCAAGGUUUCAAGGUCAACAAGAUCGAUCUGAACAGCCAAACGCAAGUGCUCAAGAUGAAAUUGGAGAAGGCGAAGGCGCAGAAUAUGAUAGAAUCAGCUUUGAAGCCAGUCGAGCGGAAGAACGACCGCAAGAAGAGGAGCUAUUGCCUGAAGUGUGGCGGAGGAUACGGUGGUCACGGUGGAGGAUACGGUGGGUAUCCAAGCGGGGGUGGAUAUUAUCCUGGUGGUUACGGUGGCGGAGGCGGUGGUUAUUAUCCUGGUGGGGGUUAUCCUCCAAGUGGCGGAGGCCAUCAUCACAGAGGAGGAGGUUACGGAGGUUAUCCGGGCGGCGGCUGCAGGACUUGCGGUGGAGGUGGAUACGGAGGUGGAUCGUAUUCUCAAUCCUCUGCUUCGGCUCAAUCUUCUUCUGGAAGUUGGGGGAAAAAAUGAGCGGAACGUUCAUAAUCACGUGAACGUGUUGCCAUUAAUAAUGUAUGCUGCCUUCAUGUUUAACACACGUACAUACAGUGCAAAAGAGCGUGGAUUCUUCGAACAUGGAUUCACCACAAAUGACGUCACGGACAACAGCAUUCGAUAAUCGGUCUCGAGGCACUGUAACGUAAAGCUUUCCUGUUCGGUCGUUUGUACAACGUACAUACUUGUAUGGCACAUGGUAGCCGUGAAUAAAUAACAAAACAGGUUUGGCUCUAACAAAAA